CCACUGUUAAUUGAGGUGAAGAAAGAGUUAAUGAAAGAUGCAAGAACAGCAUGAGAAGAGCCCGUGCUGUCUCUGAGAAUGUGCUGCUGCUGCUGUCCUGGCUGAUACUGCAGUGAAGGAAAAUGUGUCCAUUUUCAUCGGACAGUAGUCCCCACCGGAACGGUGAAUGAGCCUGUAACUGACGGUCAGACGAUGUCCUGGUUGCGGAUGGUGAUUCUUCACAUUGACUGUUGGUCCUGAGGUGCAUCACGUGGAAUCUACAACCGUGGGCGACAAUCUCCCGACCUGUGUUUCUCCUCCACUAAAAAGCGAGGGAUGGUCACCAUGGUGUAAUGGGUGUGAUUGAACUAGACCUAUCACACGCCAAGCCAACCAUUAGACCAAGAGGAAAUCCUUGUGGUCUGAGGGCGACAUUUGGGCUUACAACUCUCAGGCAGGACUGCCUCAUCACGAGGGUGUGAUUCCAAAUCGCCUCCACUACAAUGGCAACCACGGCGCCCCCACCGAUGCCUCUGACGGUCCUGUCUCGCUGGUACCUGUACGCCAUCCACGGCUACUUCUGCGAGGUCAUGUUCACCGCCGCCUGGGAGUUUGUGGUCAACCGCAACUGGAAGUUCCCUGGUGUGACCAGCGUAUGGGCUCUGCUAAUCUACGGGACCUGCAUCCUCAUCGUAGAGCACAUGUACCUGGCCCUCCGAGCUCUCCACUGCCCCGUGCUGCUGCGAUGCCUCAUUUAUACCAUAUGGACGUACAUCUGGGAGUUUGGUACAGGGCUGUUGUUGACCCAGUUCGACGCCUGUCCCUGGGAUUAUUCCCAUUUUCAGUAUAACUUUAUGGGGUUGAUCACGGCGGAGUACGCCCUGCCCUGGUUCUGUGCAUCUUUCAUGACGGAGCGACUGGUUAUACGCAAUACGCUGCGGUUACGGAUGGACAGGGACAGGUUGGAAGGACACCAGUCUGAUGCAGGCGGGGGAGGAGGAAGGAGAGAGUGGGGUGAACAAAGAGGAGCCAACCGCUAUCUAAAAGUGGACUGAACAAAGAACAAGGGCCUUUUCUCAUUUGGGAAAAGUCCGUAUUCCACCAUCGCACCUCUGCCCUCUCUCUUCUGUGACCUGGAAACCGAUAAGUGGUCUAGUGGUCGAGGAGAGUGUCAAUAUGCUAGUAGAAAACAUUUAAAAACGAUAUGCUACUUAUCCUUUCAUCUACAUAAUGGCUACAUUUGUUUUGAUCACUUGAUACAUUUAUUUGGGGAUUCCACCCUGUAAAAGUAAAUUGCCUGAUGACUCGUGAUUGGAGAAGGAGAGUCUCAUUUCAUACAAGCGCAUUUUUGUCCACAUUCCCUCUCCUCGCCACCUCUCCUCGAUUACCUUUGACCUUUUUCAAAAGGAGGCCAGAGAGGACGGAGGAGAGAGUACACAGGAGUUGAGCAAAUCCAAUUGAGAAAAGGCCACUGAAUCUGUCCCACUCAAGCACUAAAACCUUGUAUGAAAAUGUUUUUUUAUUAUUUUUAUUUAUUAAAUACAUAAGUACUGUAUUUCUGUAUAGCUUCAAAAAGCAAUCUGAAUAAGGUGCUAUAUGCAAUAUGUUCAUAAUUCAUUGUCAUGGAGAAUGAUUUCUACAGUUAGUGAUAACCCAUAAUAUUUGGAAAUGCAUGAGGGAGGUGUUUUCCCCAAAAGUUCUGUAUGCACUGUACAGUAGUCUGUUUAAAACAUGUUUUACUCAUAAGGUCUUUGCCUAUUAAGAAAUUAGGUUUCAGGUAACUUACUCAAUGAAUUGUGUGCUAUUUAUACUGUAUAUCUGUUCUUCCAAAUGAAAGACAAAUCCCAAAUCAGGAUUUCUGAUGUUCAUGUGAUGUAAUCAUUCACUGUGAGCCAAGGAUGUUGUCACCACACUGAAAGACCUGCUGCGACCUAGUGGACUUGAUAUGAUACUGCAUCUGAAAGCUUGAUCUGAAGUCUCAAAAAUAGGACUACAGGAGCUGUAUUACUCCCAGAUAUAUCUUUGGGUUUUCCCUAUAAUGGCCCUUGCUUUAUGGCCUCUGGUACUGUUUUGAUGAUGCAAAAUAAUUUGUAUCUCAAAUCACAAAGUAGAUUCAAAAGCAAUAGAUUAAAGGCCCAAUGCAGCCGUUUUUAUCUCAAUAUCAAAUCAUUUCUGGGUAAC